AUUGUUGUGAUCCAUCUCUCAGGUUGCGAUAAAGAUCGUGGAUAAGACUCAGCUGGACGAGGAGAAUCUGAAGAAGAUCUUCCGGGAGGUUCAGAUCAUGAAGAUGCUGCGACACCCUCACAUCAUCCGUCUGUACCAGGUGAUGGAGACGGAGCGGAUGAUCUAUCUGGUGACCGAGUACGCCAGCGGAGGAGAGAUCUUCGAUCAUCUCGUGGCUCACGGACGGAUGGCGGAGAAAGACGCGCGGCGGAAGUUCAAGCAGAUCGUAGCGGCGGUUUAUUUCUGUCACUGCAGGAACAUCGUCCACAGAGACCUGAAGGCAGAAAACCUGCUGCUGGACCACAACCUCAACAUCAAGAUCGCAGAUUUCGGCUUCAGUAAUCUGUUUUCUCGAGGACAGCUGCUGAAGACGUGGUGUGGCAGUCCUCCGUACGCCGCGCCCGAGCUCUUCGAGGGGAAAGAGUAUGACGGACCUAAAGUGGACAUAUGGAGUUUGGGUGUGGUGUUGUAUGUCCUGGUCUGUGGCGCGUUACCAUUUGAUGGAAGCACUUUACAGAACCUCCGCGCACGAGUCCUCAGUGGAAAGUUCCGGAUCCCGUUCUUCAUGUCCACAGACUGUGAGUAUCUGAUCAGACACAUGUUGAUUCUGGAACCCAGUCGACGGCUUUCAAUGGAGCAGAUCUGCAAGAACAAGUGGAUGAGACAAGGAGACCCCGACCCCGAGUUUGACAGACUGAUAGCAGAAUGUGAGCAGGUGAAGGUGGAGAGAGAAACGGAGUUAAUUAAUGAGCAGGUGCUGAUGGCCAUGUCAGAAAUGGGCUUCGACCGCGAGCGGACCUUACAGUCUCUGCACACGGAUGCCUAUGAUCACUACAGCGCCACCUACAGUUUGCUGUCUGACAAACUCAAGCGGCACAAGAACCUGUGUGUGGCUCCACCCACGCCCCGCCCCCUCUACCCGCUCAACACCAUGCAGGAUCAGAGUAGUGCUGUCAGUAUGACGGUACCGCAGGUUCAGCUCAUAAACCCCGAGAAUCAGAUCGUCGAGACGGACGGGACGAUGGCUCUGGACAGUGAUGAGGGAGAAGAGCCCAGUCCAGAAGCGAUGGCCCGAUACCUGUCCAUGAGACGCCACACUGUGGGCGUUCCCGACCCCAGGGCUGAGAUUCAGGAGGAUCUUCAGAAACUGGCCCCUGGGUUUCUGCGUGUGGCCCCUCAGCCGCCCUUCCCGCCGCUGGUUCCCACCAUGGCGCAGAUGCAUCUGAUGCCGACCCCGAACCUGCAGCCCACGCAGCAGCUGGAGUACAAGGAACAGUCUCUCCUGCAGCCUCCCACCCUGCAGCUGCUGAAUGGCAUGGGUCCUCUGGGCCGCCGGGCAUCUGACGGCGGAGCCAACAUUCAGCUUCACGCGCAGCAGCUGUUGAAGAGGCCACGUGGUCAGUCGCCGCUGGUCACCAGCCCGCAUCCGAUCCCGGCCGUGACUCCGGUGGAUGAGGAGGGAUCUGACGCCGAGCCGGAUCCGGAGGCCGUUCAGAGGUAUUUGGCGAACAGCUCCAAGCGUCACACGACACACGGCACGGGCCCCGGUCACGCAGUCAGCGAGCUCUCAGCAGACACACAGAGAAACCGGCAGAGGGGCUGGAGCCCUGAACAACACUGCCGGUCGUCGUAUAAGGACUGUAACACUCUUCACCUGCCGAUGGAGCGCUUCUCUCCCGUCAGACGCUUCUCAGACGGAGCCGCCACUAUCCAAGCGUUCAAGACCCAGCUGGAGAACAACAGCCUGAUCCGACAGCUCAAACAGGAGUGUGAGCAGCUUCAGAAGAUGUACGCGGCUCCGCAGGACGAGCGGCUGAGGGAGCACACACAGCAGCAGCACAUUCUCUACCAGCAAAUACAGGCCCUGUCUUUGGGACAUGGAGAAAACCAGCCCAGCAGUCACCUGACAUACCAGCUACAGAGGUUGCGUAUUCAGCCCUCCAGUCCUCCUCCUACGCAUCCCAACAACCACCUCUUCAGGCCAGCCAAUCAGAGUCCUCCGGGGAGUCAGGGGAUGAUGCAGGCACACGGCGGGCCGUCUGCGGUUCAGUUUCAGCAUGGCUCCGCCGUCUACCAGUCUCCCAGCGCCAGCCCUCCCUCCACCAGCCUCCCCCGCAUGGCGCUGCCCAAUCAGCAGCCUCCACCAGGCUCCGCCCGCUCUCUAGCGCAGACCCUCCCACAGCAGCAGCAGCAGGUGACCAUUCAGGUGCAGGAGGUGGAGCUCGGGGGCGGAGCCCAGCGGCAGGGUUUCCUAGCAACACCGCCUCACAGAGUUCUGGGGAAGCAGCUGAGCGCAGAUAAUGCGGAAACACACAGUCGCAGUUUGAGUCGCUUCCACACUUCCGCGUACGAGCAGUUUAACCCGCACAUGUUCGGCGAGGGCGGUGUGAGCGGCGUCAUCGGCACCUAUAACCCCUACAUGCAGGGGGUGUCUCUGAAGGUGCCGGGGCUGGAGGGCUAUCAGGGCUAUCCGUCUGCACUGCAGCAGGCUCUGCUCUCUCCCACACCGCUGGAGUACCGGCCGGCCCAGCAACACGUCACGCCGACCCUGCAGGGGCUGCUCUCGCCGCGGCACUCGCUCACGGGACACACCGACCCUCGCCUGCCUCCGCAGGACCUCGCCGCGCUGCUCAAACGCCAGAGCCUUCACCCGGCCCCGCCCACAGCCACGCCCACCAACCCGCAGGGCUACGGAGAGAUGCUGCUGCUGCAGCAACUGGGCCAAGCCGCCGACAGCUUAGAGCCCGCCCCUCCGCAAGCCCCGCCCACACAGCACUACCAUCACCUGCUCCAAAUCAGGACCCCGGCCGAGUGCCCCGCCCCGCCCCUCCCUCACUCAGAGAGCAUGGAGGAGGACGACGAGAUGCCGGCCUAUCACGAGGGCCUGCUGGCCAAAGCCGCCGCCCCCUGCGCUGAGGGACACGAGCUGCUGGCUCCGCCCCCUGGCAGCACGCCGCCAUACUCCUCCCCCACACACAGACACGCCUACAUGCACAGCACCACGGCAACCAGAGAGGCGUGUGCUGAUGCUGCAGAGUGUCGAGUGAUGGAGGGAGAUCAUAACGGUUACAGCUCAUGCGCCGCGCAGGGAGACACUUACAGACCGCGAGCAUCAUUACAGAGACACCACACCAUCCAGACCUGCGACGAUGCUUACGAGCAGGUGGAGCCCAUGUCUGGAAUGAGCUUAUUGGCUGGGAAGGCGCUAAGCUCCGCCCGCAUGUCAGACAUCCUCAGCCAAUCGUCUCUGACAGGAAGCCAGCAGCUGCAGCAGAGGGAGGGGUCAGCGUGUGACGUGGAGGCAGACGUUCACCCCGCA